CAUCGCCUCACUUUUACGACCCAUCUUCUUUCUUUUCUUUUGUUUGUAAGUUUGCAUGCAGUCGGUGAUCAUUUGCUAUCUGACGUGAGUUAAUUGAUUAAAUGAAAGACGCUGGUUGCAGUGGUCAUGGUGGCUCCGGGAGAAAACAAGGGGCCGCCGCACCAUGCGCCGCCUGCAAGCUUUUGCGCCGGAGAUGCUCUCAAGAUUGCGUUUUUGCACCCUACUUCCCUGCGGACGAGCCUCACAAAUUUGCAAGUGUUCAUAAAGUUUUUGGUGCUAGCAAUGUCAACAAGAUGCUCCAGGAAUUGCCCGAGCAUCAUAGAGGCGAUGCAGUGAGUUCAAUGGUGUAUGAAGCAAAUGCUAGGAUCAGGGAUCCGGUGUAUGGUUGUGUGGGCGCCAUAUCAUCUCUACAACAACAAAUAGACGUACUUCAAACACAACUAGCUGUAUCACAAGCUGAAGUGGUCCAUAUGAGAAUGCGCCAGUACUCGUCCAACCAGUCACCUGAAAACAUCUCACCAUCGUCACGACACCACCCAUCGCAGACACCAACCAGGUCCCUUUUUAGCAUGGACAUGGUUGACCAAACAAAUAUGGGCAUGGGGGAGUCCUUAUGGUCCUCAUGCAACUAGCAACCAUCUUUUUGCUCAUAUUGAGGCUUUCUUUGUUUGUUGGUUUUUGGUUAUUGGUUAUGGUUUCUAUAUCUUUUAUUUUCUUGUUAUAUUAUACCAUAUAUACUAUAUAUACUAUAUAUAUCUAUAUAACUUAUAUCACUCUCCACUAUAUUGUGAGAAGAAGAUGAUGUUGACGAUAUUUGAUUUAACCAUAUUGUAAAUUUUUGAUUGUGGGACACUCCAUUAUAUACUAUGGUAUUACGAUUUGAAUGAAGUUGGAGGAUAUUUAUUA